UCUUUAUUUUACAAAAGCAGGAUGGAUCUAGUAGUAGAUACAUUUUCAGGCAUGGGAAUCAACCUGGGAAAUGACUCCUCUCUUCAGCCUCUCUGGAACAGUGUCAGGCCCAAUCACAGGAACUCUUUGAGGUCUCCUCUUUUCCCCAUUUUGUUGAAUAUGCUCCUUGUGCUUCCUGCAAGUGUGGCUCAAUGCACAUGGAGACCACCGGUGACACUGCCAGACCAAGUCCCAACUCUAGUGGAGCUCAUCACUGGAGUGACGGGAAACCUUCUGCUCUUUGACUUCCAGUACUUCAUCUGGAACCUGCUGCACCACUGGUUGUACAUGACUUUCCAUGCAAUCCACCACAACUACUCAGCUCCCUUUGUUCUGGCUACACAAUGCCUGGGAGGGUGGGAGCUGGUCACAGUGUGCUUUUGGACCACCCUGAAUCCUGUCAUCCUGAGAUGCCACCUUCUCACCACAUGUGUCUUUAUGGUGCUCCAUGUCUAUGUGUCCGUGGAGGAUCACUGCGGUUAUGAUUUUCCUUGGUCCACAUCUCGUCUGAUACCCUUCAGUAUUUAUCGAGGGCCCAGCAAGAAUGAUGUGCACCAUCAGAAACUCAACAAGAACAUUGCACCAUACUUCAGCCACUGGGAUAAAAUAUUUGGAACACAUGCUGAUUUUAGUUUCUCUUACUCUUACUCAGAGCUGGUGACGAAUAUAUACUUAUGA